AGUCAGCGAUGACAUUGUUCCGAACUGUCCACACGCCAAUCCUCUUGUAGUGUCUUAUUUUUCUUACUAUUUCACAUGCAUUAAUCGAUACCAAUCGUGCUGUUGUUGUUCAGUUUCCAACAACAUGUCAUCCACCACUGCGGGGUUUAAUGAGGAGCGGCAGCACCGAGGAGCACAGAUAUCACCAGUGGGCGUAGACUACAUCCCCACGGAGGAAGAGAAGAGGGUGUUUCGGGAGUGCAACAACGAAAGCUUUUGGUACAGAUCUGUGCCCUUUUCUGUUGUGAGCAUGGCAGUAACUCGAGCCCUGAUUGCUAGAGGGUCUCUUUCUGCAUCACCAAGGUUUGGAUCUCUUCCAAAAGUGGCCUUUUCCGGCUUCUGCGGCUAUCUAGCAGGGAAGAUGUCUUACAUGAAGACGUGUCAGGAGAAGUUCAAGAGGCUGGACAACUCUCCUCUGGGAGAGGCCCUUAGACGGAGGAUGGGACUUUCUCCACAGUUUCCCCAAGGUGCUCAAACAGAGAUGAGUGAUCCAAACAGCCAGAGCUAUGACAGCAUGUUCCGGCCAGUAGAGACGCCAUCUUCCGACCCAGCCCGUGGAUAUGGCUUUAAUCCAGAAGCACCUGUUGGCACGCAGAGAGAUGACUUUAAUGCACAAGGUCAGCCCUAUGAAGAGGGGGAUGAACCAAAAAGGAAGUCAAUUCUCUAUGAAGACCUGCGUUUGAAAAACCGAGAGAACUACGAGGUCACACUUACCCAAAAGGCAGAGUCGCUGCUCAAAACUCCCCAAGAAAAGGAGCCAGAAAGACCAACAAAAAGUGUGAAGAAGAAUAUCUAUGGAGACACCUGGGAGGAAUGAUUUUUUUUUUUUUUUUUUUUGUAAUUUUUGCGUGUGAGAAAAUGUAAUUUACUGAAAGUUUUUUUGUGUGUCAAUUUUGGUCGGUGCGUCCCUGCUAAAAUUGUACCAAGCAAAUCUGGAACACAGUGUGACAUGUCUUUGCAAAACUGUAAAUUAAACCAAAGUAUUCGGUCUGCAUUAAUGGAUGAAUUGGACAUUUUCCACACAAAAACUGAAUAUUUCAUAUACCGGGGGUCAGCAACCCGCAGCUCUAGAGCCGCAUGCGGCUCUUUAGCGCUGUCCUAGUGGCUCCCUGGAGCUUUUUCAAAAAUGUUUGAAAAUGAAAAAAAAAAGGGAAGAAAAAUACUGGUCCUCAAAAAAUUAGCAUAUUGUGAUAAAGUUCAUUAUUUUCUGUAAUGUACUGAUAAACAUUAGACUUUCAGAUAUUUUAGAUUUAUUACACACAACUGAAGUAGUUCAAGCCUUUUAUUGUUUUGUAGAUUUUGGCAAAAAAGUCAAGAAAAAACAAAAAUCCCCAUCUCAAAAAAUCAGCAUAUCACGAAAAGGUACUCUAAAAAAGCUACUAACCUAAUCAUCUGAAUCAACGACUUAACUCAAAAGCGCUGCAAAAGAUUCCUGAGGCUUUUAAAAACUUCCAGCCUGGUUCAUUACUCGAAACCGCAAUUAUGGGCAAGACUGCCGACCUGACUGCUGUCCAGUAGGCCAUCAUUGACACCCUCAAGAAAGAGGCUAAGCGACAGAAAUAAAUUUUUGAGCGAAUAGGCUGUUCCAAGAGUGCUGUAUCAAGGCAGUGGGAAGUCUGUGAGAAGGAAAAAGUGUGGCAGGAAACGCUGCACAACCAGAAGAGGUGACCGCACCCUGAGAAAGAUUGUGGAGAAGGGCCGAUUCCAGACCUUGGGGGACCUGCAGAAACAGUGGAUUGAGUCUGGAGUGGAAACAUCCAGCGUCACCGUGCACACAGGUGUGCUGGAAAUGGGCUACAGGUGCCGCAUUCCCCAGGUCAAGCCACUUUUGAACCUGAAGCGCCUGGCCUGGGCUACAAAGAAGCAGCACUGGACUGUUGCUCAGUGGUCCAAAGUACUUUUUUCAGAUGAAAGCAAAUUUUGCAUGUCAUUCGGAUAUCAAGGUGCCAGAGUUUGGAGGAAGACUUGGGAGAAGGAAAUGCCAAAAUGCCUGAAGUUCAGUGUCAAGUACCCACAGACAGUAAUGGUCUGGGGUGCCAUGUCAGCUGCUGGUGUUGGUCUACUGUGUUUUAUCAAGGGCAGGGUGAAUGCAGCUAGCUAUCGGGAGAUUUUGGAGCACUUCAUGCUUCCAUCUGCUGAAAAGCUUUGGGAGAUGAAGAUUUCAUUUUUCAGUGCGACCUGGCAUCUGCUCACAGUGCCAAAACCACUGGUAAAUGGUUUACUGACCAUGGCAUUACUGUGCUCAAUUGGCCUGCCAACUCUCCUGACCUGAACCCCAUAGAGAAUCUGUGGGAUAUUGUUAAGAGGACAAUGAGAGACACCAGACCCAGCACUAUGAAUGAGCUUAAGGCUGCUAUCAAAGCAUAAUGGGCCUCCAUAACACUUCUGCAGUGCCACAGGCUUAUUGCCUCCAUGCCACGCCGCAAUGAAGCAGUCAUUUCUGCAAAAGGAUUCCCGACCAAGUAUUGAGUGCAUAGCUGGUGUAAUUAAUUGAAGGUUGACUUUUUUGUAUUAAAAACUUUUUUUUUAAUUGGUCGGAUGAAAUAUGCUAUUUUUUUAAGAUAGGAAUUUUUGUUUUUUCUUUACUUUUUUUGCCAAAAUCAUCAAUAUUAAAACAAUGAAAGGCUUGAACUACUUCAGUUGUGUGUAAUGAAUAAAAUAUAUGAAAGUCUAAUGUUUAUCAGUACAUUACAGAAAUGAACUUUAUCACAAUAUGCUAUUUUUUUUUAGAAGGACCUGUAUAUUUUUUGUUUUAAUAUGGUUUCUGUAGAAUGAAAAUCAUGAUUCUAAUUCAUUAAUAUUUAAAUGAAGUUCAACUUGAGGCGACAUCGUACAACAGAGUUGUCACGUGGUGCGUCAUUCUCCGUACACCGCAAAUUUAUGUCUUGGAUUAUUUUUCUUAAAUCUAGUCAGUUUUCUCCAUCUUGUAAUGAGUGUUAGACUAACAGAUUGUGUCAGAUUAUUUCACUUUAAGUAAAUAUUACUGUUUGUUAUUAUGAAGCCUCUACAUUUAAAAGUUGGUCAUUUUUCACCUAAAUCAAGAUAAAAAAAUUUCUUUUAAUGUUUUGAACAAUAUUCUUGGAUUAACAUUUCUGACAAAUUAGCUUUUUCUAUGACUAGAUCUACUAAUUUAUUGCAUAAAAUAAAUCUGUUCAUCUCAUUUUCAGCAAGCUAUUUGUCUUAUUUUAAGAAAUCUAAGUGCAUUGGAUGCACUCCAGGGAAAAUAAACAUUUAAUUAUGAAUGCUCAUUAUGUAUUCGUAGCCUACUUAGUCAUUUUGAAAGUAGGCUAAUAUAGUUACAUACAGCUUCACACUUACACUUCAUUAUAAGGCUUUUCAUUUCUUUUAUCAUGUUUUUUUAUGGUCAAAUAUGGUCUUUUCAGCAUUUUGGGUUGCUGACCCCUGCCGUAUACAGAACAUUCUCCAAUGUUGACAAAUCGGACCUUGCUUGAGUAUAGCAGAUCCGAGUAACAAUCCGAAUGAUACAUUGUGAAGUGAUUUAUUUUACCUCCUUGGAGGAAAAAUAAAAAAAAAUAAAAUAAAAGCAUUAUUGCUCUUGUAUUCAAACUUAAUUUUAAUACAGACAGUACGUAUCAAUUGCACCGUAAAUAAAAAAAAAAAAAAAAAGAA